AUGCGUCUGAAUGAGAAAACGAAAUUAAUUGGUCGGCGGAUAGUCCUAGUCCCUUAUGAAGCACUCCAUGUACCCAAAUACCACAAGUGGAUGAGCGACGAGGAACUGAGGCACCUGACUGCCUCAGAACCACUGACUUUGGAGGAAGAGUAUCAGAUGCAGAAAAGUUGGCGCGAGGACAGUGACAAGCUAACUUUCAUCGUCCUGGACGCGGAAGCCUACUCCCGCGACCAGGAUGAAAUCGCAGCCAUGGUGGGGGACACCAAUCUCUUCCUACAUCUCGAUCCAGACACCGACCAACAAGUGGCCGAGGCCGAGAUCAUGAUUGCCGAGCCAUCGGCCAGGGGCAAGGGCUUCGGACGCGAGGCCAUGCUCCUGAUGCUCAAAUACGCGCAAUCCCAAUCCCAGCUAAAGCUGGACAAGUUCGAGGUGAAGAUCGACAUGCAAAACACCACCUCCCUGCAUUUAUUUAAGAGCUUUCGUUUCGCGGAGACACGUCGGGUGGAGGUGUUUCAAGAGGUCACCCUGGAGCGGCCGAUCACGCCGGAGUGGACUAGCUGGCUUGACGAACAAGUGCAGCUACGAACCGAGACCUAUUAGAGUGUCCUUGUAGAUAUACUUUUCAAUCAAUGUACAAAUAUAGAGAAAAUGUUUAAAAAGUA